CAAGCUUGUAAACCAACACGUACUAAGAUUUAUUUGAGUAGAAUUUGUAGGUACAACAAAAUUUCAAUUAAGUAAUCUUGCAAAACGCUAGUUUGAAAAUAAAUCUCAUUAUCGUAUAUAGCUAAUUUCCUACAUGGUGUAUUAAUUAUUCUCAUUAACUCAGUUCUGAGUAUUUGCUUUAGAGCUAGUGGAACAGAAAACAUUUUCAAUCGUUAUGGCUAGUUUGAUCCGCAGUUUGAUAACGUACCUCGGUCAGUCCGCUCGCGACCCGCCAUGCUUCCGCGGGGCUCUCUCAACCAACAUAUUCGCCGGUAAAGUCACAUGAACUUAAUUAGCGUCAACAUAAAACGCACCCACAGUGAAUCCAAUGAAUUAUUGUUGCAUACCUACCUGUAAUCAGGCAUGACGGCAAACAGUAUUAGAUUGCAGAUUUUGGUGUGUCUACUUACUGUAGAAGCAUGUGUAUACAGUUUCAAUAUUCCAACAUAUGAUCAAAGAUAUCAGAAUCCGCAUACAGCAGAACACCACGAAAGAUGGUUAGUAGCAGCGCACAGCAUGCUAUGUCCGUCUUAUCAGAACCACCAUUGGUUAUCCUGUCCAGUGUUUUUCAGUAACUCUGCUGUAAACAGUGUUAAGCAGCGUAGUGAUCCGAGUGAUGUGACAAGAAAUCUUCAUCAACUGCUACAACAAACAUAUAAGCCGGUACAAGAUAAUGUAAGGUCUGGAUUAAACUUGAAUCCUAAUUUAGUACAGCAACCUCUAAUGACAAACAAUUUGCAAAACUCAUGGUAUCACAGCUUAAUACAAAGAUUACAGCAUCAAAUAGAGAACAUAAUGCAUGUAAAUAAGAAUGGACUUUUAAAGAAUGCCUUACCUAUGUAUAACUACAAUCCUUUGAAAAAAAGCAAUGAUGAAUUUCAUUUUCCAUUGGAAGAUAUUAAAAGAGAACUACAUAGGAAACAAAAGAUGACUCAGCUUCUACCUAAACUGAACAAGUACGGUAGUGACAAGAAUACAAUUGCUACAAGAACGCUUAAUCGUAAAACAAGAGAAACUGCCACAACAUCUGUACCCAUUAUGAACUCUGUAACACAUCCAAUGAUAGUUCAUAGCAUAGCGAGUAUGGUACAAAGAAAACGUGACCCAAGCGGGAAACGUCUUUUAAAUUCUGUAACAGUGAAGUACACUGCUACGACUGUUCCAUUUAAUUUCCAAAGGGCUCGUAGAACAGAAAUGUCAAAAAAUAUUGAAAAGAAUGAUAACAUUUCAAAGCGCUACGAAAAGGUUUUGUCGUUAAAGCCAUCGAAAAUUGAGGAAGCAGGCACAACCUCUGUAUGCGUUAUUUCCGAGAAAUACGUUGCGACUUCAAUGAGCACUUUAAAAUUUAGUAUGAUUUCAGAAAGUCCUGGAAUAGCACGAUUUGAUUCUGAAUCGUCCUUAACAGUUCCACCUUCGACCAGUUCACCAGUAAGCGAAGCAACAUUCACGUCAAAAGAUCGGCCAACAACAGAAAUAACUCAAUCAGUGUCUAAAAUAUUUCAGAAGGUUGAAGCACUGCAAAGACCUGUUUCUUUGCCAAUACAUCCGAUUUAUAAACAUCCAUAUUUGGACGUGCAAGAAAAGUAUUUGCAAAAACUUGAUCACUUUGAACACAAAUUUUAUACGACAACGUUUACGAAACUAUCGUCCAUUAGUCCAGCCGAUAGGCGUGAAAACGGAAUAAGCUUUGUGGAGUCUGGUUUAUUCUUGUACCUGAUCCUGACUGCAUUUUCUAUGGAGGUGGAUCCGAAGACAAGAACAGAAAUAGAGGAGACACUCGCGUUGCCCGCUUCUGAUAAGGAGAAACUGGAUUUAAUUCAAUGGACUGUAAAUAUGCUGCCGAACUCAAGUGAUACGCUCAAAUUCCGGUGGUCAUCGCGUCUGGUAGUCAACGAGACCAUCCACUUGAACACUAAAGGCGCAGAAACUUUACGGCUCCAUCUCGACAAAUUCAACAGCAGGGAAACUUCCAACAAACUUAUGCAGUACCUUAAUCAUUUGGUAGAAAUUGAUUCUGGUGGAGCUAUGCGCGAUACAUUUGAAGAAGAUGAGGUAUCGGAUGGUGUGCGCGCUGCCCUGUUGAGUACAGUGUAUGUGCGCGCGCGCUGGCGGGCGUCCCCCACCUUGCUCAACGGCACGCGCGCCUUCCGCGACGCCGAGGGUGCGCCCGCGCGCACAGCACGCAUGAUCCGCAUCAACGACAUCGUGCAAUACGCAGACUUGACCGAAUGGGAUGCUGAGGCGGUAGAGAUUCAGUACUCGACGCCUGGUUUAAGUCUAUUGGUUCUGGUGCCUCGCGGGCCGUCGCUGCGAGCUUUAGCGGGAUACAUGUCCACCGCCGGCCUCCGACCCGUGUUCAACAAGAUGCAUUCCAUGAGGGUGGCUAUCACUUUACCCAUCUACACUCUACGCAUGACGUUGCUGCUGCCUAACAAACUUCAAGCUAUGGGCAUUUCACGAGUGCUCGAGAUAAACAACGACACAGCUCCGACGGACCUGCGAUUGUCGCAUGCGGUGCAACGGCUCAUGUUUUGGGCGGAAGCUGGACGGAACGCGUUCAAAGAUGACGGUAUCGAAUGGGACGAUCCACCUGAGAUGGAGCUAAUGGUGGACAGGCCGUACCUAUUCUUCGUACGCUGGCACAACGUCACAAUUAUGAACGGCAAUUUUGUUUUAUAAUGUCUUUUAACUUAGAUAUUUACUG